AUGAGUUUAGUUGACUAUGAGAUUUCGAGCGAUGAAGAGUCUGAUGAAAGGCCCACAACUAACUUGAACAAGCGAAGAAACAAAAAAAAAGAAGAAAAGAAUUUCAUAGAAAAUGAAAAAAAUGAAAGAAUAGGAAGAACAAAUAGUGCUACUAAUAAGGGGAAGGAUAAUAAUUGCAAUAAUAGCAUUAUUGGUAAUUGUAGGAUGGACAAAAAUGAUAAAUGUGCAGAGAGGAAUUUAUUGGGAAAAAAAAAUAAUAAUUCUGGAGAAGAAAUUAGUGAAUACGAUAGGGAGGAAAACAAGAAAAUAGAGAUAAGGGAGAAAGAAAGUAAAGAAAAAAGAAAAAGAAAAAUUGAAAGCUUUGAUUUUAUAAAAGAAAGGGAUUAUAAUAACGCAUACGUUAAAUUAAGAAAAGAAAAUUUGAAUAUGGAUAGCAGGGAAGAAAAAGAUACCAAGGGGAAGGAACAAAAUGGUACCUUUUUCUCGAAUAAAUCAAAUUCUGAGGAACUACUAUUAUAUAACAAAAAUUAUAAUGAUAAUAGUAAGGACGAUAACAAUUAUGAUAAUAAUAAGAAUUAUGAUAACAAUGAUUAUUACAACAAUGAUGAAAAAAACAAGCAUGAUUAUUUUAAAUGCGAUUUAAAAAAACACGAAAACUAUUUGUCUAUAAAAAAUAGGAAAAAGGAUGAUGUACAGAAUGGUGAGAAGUUAAUAAAGGAUAAUAUAGAAAUUAAAAAAAACGACUUAAAAAAGGAUUUAUAUUUAUGUGAAAAUAGUGCGAAAAAUUUUGAAAAAAAAAAGGAGUUAGACAGAAUAGCUACUGCACGUAUAAAUAUCUUAGAAAAUAACAAUAUUAUGAAUAUCAGUGUUGAUGAAAAUAAUUUUGAUGAUAUAUUUUAUUUAUCAGAAAAUGAAUAUUCAGAAACCCUGAAUAAAAAACUUGAUGAAUUAUCAAAAUUGUAUGAAUUAAAUUUAACAAUUAAUAAAAAUAUUAUUAACUCAAAGGAAUAUAAAAACCCAUGCAUUUUAGAAAAAAUUAUGGAAAUAUAUCAUGUAGAUGUAUAUUCAUCCAACUAUCCAUUAUAUAUAUAUAAUCCUCAUGAUUUUUUAUCAAUUGAUUUGUUUAACGAAAAAAGCAACGUGACUGAUCAGAAUAAAGCAAAAACGAAAUGGUCAAGCAUAACUUAA